AUGGCAACGCUGUCUAAUGAUACAGCACUGAAUUCACUCCUCUCCAAAUUAUUACAAGAAUAUGUAGACCGGACAAAUAACUCUGCAUCUUCUCAGACUGGAAAACCCAGUGACAAUCUGGAAAUCAUCUAUGUGCUCUUGUUGCUUGGUUUCUUUGGCUUUUUCACAUUUGGAACAAUGCUUAGCAACAUCCGCUCCAAAAAGCUUGAGCACUCAAACGACCCAUACAAUGUGUACAUUGAAACAGAUAUUUGGCAUAAGCUGGAUGAGGCAAAUUUUCAUGCAAAAAUUGUGGGAAGUUAUAAAUCGUGCUGUGUGUUUGAGAACCAGCUUGCUGCGGAGCAACCUAUUAAUCAGAUUCCUCAGGUGAAGUCUUCAUAG